GCUGUCAAACAUUGCUCCUACAAGAUUUUUAAAAGAUAAUCAAUUCUGGAACGUCUUGUAGAGGAUAACACUGCGCUAAAUUCAAUUCCAGCUAGCCUAUUAGAUCACUUCCAACCAUGACCACUCAAGUCAGCAUCGACCAGUUGGACAAGGAUCAAAUCAAAUCGUUCUCCGACUUCCUGCUCUCGUACAACAAACUAUCGGAACUUUGCUUCGUGGAUUGUAUCGGAGAAUUCACCGGCCGAACGGUUUCCGAUAAGGAGGAAAAGUGUUCCCUCAAUUGUAUGGAAAAGUUCCUGAAAAUGAACCAGCGGAUAUCUCAGCGCUUCCAGGAGUUUCAGAUGCUGGCCAAUGAGAAUGCUUUGGCAGCGGCCCAGAAGCUGGGCGCAAAGUAGGAUUUUUUUUUUCUCAGAAUGAACGGACAUCGAUGUUGAAUUUAUUGUUUAAUAUAGUUUGAUCCAAAUACAUUAUAAGGAUAGUACAUCAAAAGUGA